AUGUUAUCAUGGUUCUAUUCAAUCUUACUUUCAGCAUUCCCUAUGCCGACGUCUUCAUCUCAUGGAUCUGUAGUUACACCAUUAGCUGUUUUAAAUCGACUGCCAGGCUGGCUUGGUACGUUAGUUAUCAGCCCUGAUGGGUCAGUUCUACAGUCAGCUGGUGAACUAGUAAAUAACAAGGAACUGGCUCAACAUUUUGCCGCAAUUGCUAAUCGAGUUGGUCGUUUGUUAAAUAUGGAAGGUGAAAGAAAAACUCAGCAGUUUAAAAGACUAACUGGUGAGUUGAAAUUUAUUGUCUUGGUUGUUUCUUCACAGUGGUUACUAUUUUGA